CCCCUCAGGCAAGCAACCAAGACGCGCACGAAUGUCUUCAUUUACCAAUGUCCCUAGCGAGUCAGCUCAAAAGCCCCAGCAGGGCGUCCAGCGACACUCUCUGAACCAAAUUCUCGAGCAUUCGUCACAUUCAGUGUGCUCUGCGGCUCCCUCACUUGCCCCAUACGCAUUCAAAGACCGCUACGUGUGCUGGUUUUCACAGUGGAGAAGCACAGCAGCCUCUUGGAGUAUUGUUUUUUUUCACCCACCCAGCUCAGAGUCGUUCCAGUCUCUCGUGGCACGGUCUCAGGUGGAAGUUGAGCUUGAUAAAUGUGAUGAAUCUGAAGAGGAAAAGAGCUGCAACAAUGGUGUCUCUGUCGACUACUCGUCAUGGAAGGCAGACGAAGUUAGAAAGGAGUGCACUCGUAGAGGACUUAAGGUGAAGGGGAAUCUCAAGAAAGACGAACGCAUUAUGAUACUCAUGAACCACAACAUGCUCCAAGCUUCAAUCGGUUCCAGCACUAUUAACUCAGUUUCGGUCGUCUCUGAUGAAUUCGCCACGCGUUUCAGUCAGUCGGGAGAUAAGCCUCCACGAGCAGCAUUGGAUACAAGAGAGGUCAAUGACAGAAGCUGUUUCUGGGCUGAUGUUCAAGCUGCCUUCGCUACUACGUACGCAGAAGAUCACCCGGUAAAUCUUCUCCACAUUGAAGAUGACUUCUUCAAAGACAUUGAUCUCUCAGUGACUAAAGUCCAUUCAGCGAAAAAGCUUUUCGAGAUGUGGAAGGACGUCAAUAAGCACUACAUUGUUGCUGAAAAGAGGUUCACAACAUCAGGCCAGCACGAAAACGAGUUCAAAAACUUUGUUCGAGGCCGUGGAUACGUACUCUACUUGCAAAAAUGA